GCGGAAACUGUAAAGUCAAUUUUGAAAGCGGCAGUAGCUCUCCAAAGUAGCCGGGCUAAAACCACACAUAGGCAUUAUUUUAUGUUGACAGCAGCGGGUUUCUGAGCAGAACUUUGGAUAUCAACUCAGAUAGCGUAUCCUGAAAACACAGAAACCGAUCUGUCAUCCUCAGGAGAAAGUUAUGGCACAUAACGAGUCGUUGGUCGCUUUGAAUGGGACUCAAAUUUCCUACAUCGGACAUGACUGCAAGGACAUCCCAGACUUUCUUGGGGACACAUAUGGCCUGUUUGCAAGAAGAUUGGAUCUAAGCUUCAACCAGCUCAGGUCACUGGCGGGCCUCGGAACGUUCACUGAGCUGGAAGAGCUGAUCGUUGACAACAAUCUGCUUGGAAAUGACCUCCUGUUGCCCAGGUUACCCAACCUCCACACCCUUACACUCAAUAAGAACCAACUGACUGAUAUCGAGGCCCUGCUGGAACACUUGGCUGAUGUGACCCCGUCACUGAAGUACCUAAGCCUGCUGGGAAAUGAGGCCUGCCCCAACCAGCUGGUCAGCCCGGAUAAGGACGAGGACGACUACCAGAGAUACAGAUACUUUGUUCUGCACAAGUUACCCCAGCUGAAGUUCCUGGAUACCAGGAAAGUAACCAUAAAAGAGGUGAUGGAGGCGCAGGCAAGAGGAGCAUUCAUGAAAGUGGUCAAACCCAAGUCGGAAGCUCCACCAAAUGAAGCUGGAUCUGAGAGUCACCCUCUGCCCUACACUCCUCUACCCCAAGGAUCCAGAGAUGCCAAGAACCACAGAGGGAUAUUCGCCAAGUGUCGCUACGUCUACUACGGCAAGCACUCAGAAGGCAACAGAUUCAUCCGAAACGACCAACUCUGAUGGACAGCCGCUGAAGAAAAAAGAGUGACAAGAGAUGUUACCAGAAGGAAAGAGAAGAAAAUCAAUCUCCUAUUUAUUAAAGACUGGUGAUAUUUGAGUUACCUGAUCUCCCGCUGGAAAAACAGAUUUAAAGUUCACAAAUAAUAUUUAGUUAUUCAAGUGGAAGGUUUUAGUUUUUUUUUUUAAGUUUGCAUUCCAGCCCUAUAGUUACGGCCCUGUCUGCUGAGCUGGGUCUGAUUCUGCUUUCCUGCUUCCAGCUCAGAGUCAGAGAUGACACUCCCACUGAAAUGAUUGCCUCUAAGCAUCAGCAUCCGCACAACUACAGACACACACAACACACACAAGCACGCAAAGACAGCAUCUCUCUUUCUUUCUUCUCUAUUCUCUUCAGUGACAAACACACCCAAACAAUUGCAUCCUUUUCUUUGACAGCCAUGAUGGAUCACCCGUCCACGAUGCCACUAAUCAAGGGUGAAAGGGGUGACGGUCACACACCUGGGGCUUGACAUGGACUCAUCUCUCUUGUGCUCUCUUUCUCUCUCCCCCUCUGUCUCCAUUUCUCACACACACACACACACACACACACACACACACACACAUAUAACUGCUGUUUAAAACAUUUAAGGCAUAAACAUGUUUAUAAAGCCUUGUUAAACUUUUCUAAGCGUUUUAGUCCAAACUUAAGGCAAGCUCAGUCUAUCUUCUUAAGUUUGUGUCAAACUGAAGAAUGCUUUUCCCUCUUUUGUUUGAAUGAAUUUGAUCUGUCUCUCUUAGAGAAUAUAAGCCAUGAUUUGGUCAGUUUCUGUUGCAGGUGUGUACUGUAUGUUAAAGCACAUGUGUAAAGAGGUAUUUAAUGCAGCUUUGAAUGUAUACACAUUCCAAUACCAGCUUCAAAGAAGAACAGAGUUGUAACCUAGUAUGCAUUCCAGGUAUGGUGUUAUGUAUUACAGUAUGGUGUCAUGUUCUCCUUGUUUUAAUUGUUCCCGACUCUGUGCUAUGAACUACUUCAUACUGAAAUGGUCCCUUCACUAACAAAGCAAAAGGCUUACUCUUCAGAAAAUUGUAACCACUGUCAUAUUUUCUCUACAAUUGUAGUGUCCAAAUGCACUAUUUUAAAGGGGACCUAUCAUGCAAAAUGCACUUUUGUACAUCUUUUAUACAUGAAUAUGUGUCCCCGGUG